GAGGGCCCAUUCAGACCACGUUGGAAUUUUUACUGUUUAAACUACGCUUCAUUCUAGGCAUUCGAUCACACUAUCUCCAGCUAGCUAACAUUAGCUUAGCUAUCUAGCUAAGCUACAGACGUUGAACAUUUAGGUUGUGCUCCAAAAUAUUAACCAGGUAGCUAUGACAUCCUCCAUCGUAGUCCCUGUUAUUGAUGUGCAGAAUGAUAAUUUCAAAGAACUGUGGCCUGCUAUGGUCCUUGCAAUCAAGACUGCCUCCUUCAUUGCACUGGAUACGGAAUUGAGUGGCCUUGGAAAUAGAAAAGCUUUACUGGCAGAAUGCAUAGAGGACCGUUACAAAGCGAUAUGCAAUGCAGCUCGCACACGCUCCAUUCUCUCCCUUGGGUUUGCUUGUUAUAAGAAACUUGAAAACAAGGAUGAUGAUACGUACCUUGUGCAGGUGUACAACCUGACAUUGCUCUGCAGUGAGAAGUACAUAAUUGAACCACAGUCCGUGCAGUUCCUGGUGCAACAUGGAUUUGACUUCAACAAACAAUAUGCUGAAGGUGUUCCUUAUCUCAGGGGAAAUUACAGGGGAGUGGAUGCCCAUGGAAUAAACAUGAGGAUGCUGUUUGUGGAACUCCUACGGGCUCGCAAGCCUUUGGUGCUGCACAACGGCUUGAUUGACAUGGUGUUCCUUUAUCAGUGCUUCUAUGCCCAACUGCCAGAUAAACUAGGCACUUUCACUGCUGACUUGUCCCAGAUGUUCCCUGCUGGGAUCUAUGACACCAAGUACGCUACAGAGUAUGAGCUGCGCUUUGCUGCCUCUUACCUGGAGUAUGCCUACAAGAAAUGCAAAUUGGACAACAGCAAGUCGAUUGAGGCUGGUGGUAGUGGACGCCAUCUGUUCCUGGAGUUCUGCAAAUACACAGGCCACCUGAGCAAAUAUGUGGACUACAGGCCCUGUCUGGCUGGGUCUAGCCCGGAUGGACCGCUCAAUGUCUGCCAGCGCUUCUCUGAUUAUGAUUGGUGCCCCAAUGGGUCACAGUGUCCCUUGUCACAUGACACCGACCUCAUCAUCCAGCAUGAUGAAAAAAACAAGAAAAAGAAACGGAAGAGGAAAAGAAAUAGCUCUUCUCAGGGGAAAGCUGAGGUUGAUGGUGCCCCCGAGAGCAAGCAGCCCCAUAUGGAGCUGGAGCAGGUGAUCCCUGACAGAGACACCAAACCUCUCCCUGUCACAGAGCUGGCAGAUGGGGCUCAGGCACAGGGGUCAGAGAGCGACGAGAAAAUGAACACUAAGGUGGAGGAAGGCAACGGAGUCAGAGAGCCACAGGCUGCGUCUGCAGAUGGGGAAUUGAAGACUGACAAAGAAGAGGUGGAAGGAAAUGGAGUGUCAGAGCCACAGCCUCUCGCCACACCAGCUGCAGAGAAGAAAGAAGAGUCCAUGAGGAAGAAGCUGGAGGGUGGUACACACCGGACAGGGUUUGAUGCAUUCAUGACAGGCUACAUUUUCUCCUAUGCCGCCACUUUGACAGAGAAAGUAGGUGAGCCACUGAGCUCAGAGUCCUGGCUCCCUGAGUGCCUGAACAAGGUUUACCUCAGUGGCAAGUCUGUCCCGAUGCAUAUCGUCAAGAGCACAUUCUCCAAGUCCUUCAAGGCUCACAUGCGCAUGAUGGCUGUCGUGUGGGGAAAGAGCGUGGUUAGCAAAGUAGAGGGAACUGUGUAAUCAUUCAAUGGAACCAAAUCUAUUCCUUGUUUAUAAUAAAGCCUUUUUAGUUAGACAUGCUUUGUUGCAGAUUUUAGGGUAAUUUCAUUCAGUAUUUGUUGAUAGUAUUGUUUCAAUAAAUGCUUUUCCUUGGUUA